CUUGCCGAAGUCGUCGAAAAAAGGGCGGGUUGGUGCGAUCCACCGGGUUGUAGAAAGCGAAGAGCAGAGGGUCAGCGAUGGUGGGCAGCCUCCUCCUCCGUCCUCCCUGGCCUCCUGUUUGAAGAUACGCAGGAGAGACUAAAACACUUGAGGGAGUUGGGCACGAACGCGCAACUGCGUAUGACGUUCAUUUCCCCUUCUCCACGACGCCAUUUCAUCGACAAACCGGCGAAAGGAAAUCUCUCUCUCUCUCUCUCUCUGUUUUCCAUAUCUUGGGUGGACUGAUUCACUAUAAAGGAGUGAUGGUCAAAUUGAAUCCAUAUGCUCUGUAAAGUCUCUGUUCGUCACGUCCCAUCCCAUGGAUUCAUCCUUGGUUUCCAAAGCCAAGACAGCCCUUCAUUCGGCUGCUGCCAAGGCGGAGAAGGUUCUUACCGAUAUCAAGGCGGACCUCAGAAAUGAUCGAGGAGAGGAGAAAUCAGUAUCUCUUUCGUGGAAAAACGCAGAGAAUGAAGAAAGAGUGCGUAAAAAAAAUUUCCGUUAUUCUCUACCAUCGUGCCUGUCUUUUUCUAGUCACUCAAGUGAAGCAAGAUUGGCAACAUUAUUUAAAAAGCAUAAGGAAAGGAAAAAAGACAGGUCCACGGGGAAAUCCUGCUACCUCAAAUCCUCUUGCCAAUGAUGAGUUCGUUAAUAAGAGCGGAAGCGACUGCAAUGUAUACGAUGAAAAUACAGAGAAAGGUCAUGCUAAAGAAAUUCGUCCCUCAAAAGCAUCGACCUCCAAUAUGAUGAUCCCAUCAACAGUCCUUAAGCAGUUGGCAACAGCUUUAGAGAAAGGCAAUAACUUCAAGUCCAUGAUGGAUAUCAUGACAUCUACUGCUGAACCUUCACAGAUCAAUGACAAGUUAGUCUUUGUUCCUAGUUUUUCUGUUGUGAAGUCACUUGUACUUCGUGAUAAGGAUGGCAAGUCAUUUCCUGAAAUUAGCUUUGACGAGGUUGCUUCUUACAUUCAGCAAUUAUUUGGGACAGAACCCCUUCAUGAAAGCAAAGUUGCUUAUGGCCCUUUGAACCAAUCUAUGACCUACUUGCCAAGGGAAAUCCAUGGUGCUCCCCCUGGAAGCUUUGUUGUUCGACUCUCUGAAAUUAUGGGGAGCAUCAGAUGUCUACAGAAAAUGGGAUUAUUUUGGAUGGCCAUCAUUGCUGAGCUUAGGAGAUUCUGGUCGGAGGGCCAACCUGUACCUUUAUUACCACUGGAUGAGACCCCUGACUUGAAUUUCUGCCUUCUGCAUCAACACCUUCAAGCUGUUAAUUGUUGUAUUGCAAGGAAAAGGCGCCGAUUUGAGGCCAUCACCUCUUUGCAAUGUACAAUGGAGAACCUUAAUGCAGACUCCGACAACCUGGUUGUAUCUUCUUCAACAAUAUGUUCAAAUUCGUCUGCCCUUUUUGCUAGGCUUAGCAAUGGGAAUCUUAUCCUCCGUCUUGGUGCUGCUCAUCCAUCCCAAGAUUUGACAUUGUUAGAAACUGGUGAACCUAUGUAUUCUCCUGUAACUCAGGAGGGACCAAUUUUUACUGAAGAUCUUAUUAGAGAAAAUGAGGAAUUUGUGAUACGAACAGGAAGUGUUGGUGCUGCAUGUUCUCAACUUUUGUCUGACAUGCAGUCAUUUAAGGCUGCAAAUCCGGGCUGUAUUUUGGAAGACUUUGUCAGAUGGCAUUCACCACCAGAUUGGAUUGAAUGUGAGUCAAAUACUUCUACUGGAAACACAUCCGAUGGGGAAGCAAAAUGUAAACAAGGACAGUUAAGCAUAAGAAUGAAAAAAGAAGGCAACCUCUGGCGUGAACUGUGGGAAAAUGCCAAACCUGUUCCUGCUGUUAAUCAAGCACCAUUAUAUGAUGAGGAUUUGGCAGUGGAUGGCAUUUUUAACCUUUUAGAAGAAAUUGCACCGGCGGACAUCUUCCAACAGCUCCUUGUUGCCGCUCUGAGUGCAGGAUUUGCAAUUGCUGAAACUGCAAUCCCCAUAGAUAGUGAAUCUGCAAACCUUUUCAAUGAGAGCAAACAAUACGUGAUCUCGACAUGCCAGUAUGAGUUAAACAGCGAGAACAUUGAUAAUCUUUGCCAGGUGUAUGCAACGGUGGAGACACUACUAGCACACCCAGAAGCGGCUAUAACUACCAAGAAGCCAGAUAACAGAAUCAAUAGCGAGCUUAAGCGUCGGUUUGAAAAGUUUAACCUGAAUUUUCCGGGUAAAAACAAGCCCUUCUUUGGGAAACCAUCUGGGAAAGACAAGGGUCUGACUUCUGAUGACAGCCAACCCCGCCGGCUUGCUCACUUCUUUGAUCCAAGAUCAUCUCUGUUCAUGAAGAAAUCAGCACAUGCAAGUGCCCCAGCGGCAGCAGCAUCCGCUGCCGAACCUUUGUCCUCCGAUGAGAACGAGUGGACAAUUGUAUAAAUCAUUCCGGUCUAUGCAAAGGCCGCAUAGACCAUUGUAAUAUAACCUGACAAUUCAUUGUUAAUUAUUUCAUAAUAUGAAAAUUUAUGUUCAAUUGUA